AUGGCGGAGGUUCGAGGGGACAUUGAGACGUAUCGGCGUGCGCUGGGACUUGUCCUUGAUGUUGUGAAUUACCAUCAGUCACCAUCCAGUUCCGACACCAGCGACUCCAAAAUCUCCAAAUGUCAGAUAACGACCGAAGUAGACCGGUUACGCAGUCAUACUGCGUUGACAGGCCUCGACAAUAGGAACACUUGGCUCGACCCAUACAUGAAUGCCGUGAUCAACUGUCUGGAAACCACUGGUGCUGAUUCCCCUGUCAUCAAAGACGAUAGCCCUCUCAAAGACCUAUCUUUAGACCUCGACUCACAGCAACCGGUGAAACCUCCUACCGGCCCAACGCACCAAGAAGGAAGACAGUCAUCGCCAAAGUAUAUCAUAAGUAGCGUCUACGAAUCAGCGGGACCAUGGUACCCAACCGGAGCCAUAGCGCUUCCCUUCUAUAGCGGCGGGGAGAACCCUGCAUCGACUGCUUCAAGUCCAAGGAGGGGACCCCAGCAAGUAUCCCCACGACUUCGAAAUACGCCUCUGGAUCCCUCGAGACAUGCCCCAACACCGGAGUCACCUACAUCCAUACAGUUCUCACAAAGAACACAGUCGCCCCCUUCUAGCCAACAAAGCUGGGACCAAGGUUCUCCAUCCGCGAGAUCCGAACCUUUUGAAGCCAGCUAUGUACCACACCAGGAUUUGCGAGCUGACCGAUGGUCCGAACCUCAGCCAGUUCAAAAUCCCGAACAAUAUAGUGGGAUCUUCCCAUCAACGGCCGCGCCGUCUAUAGCUACAAUAUCGACUGGCACAUUGUCAGCAAGUACAAGUACCUUAUCCCCGGCUACUAUACACGACUCUCGCUGGUCACCAACGCCCCAAGCCCAAAGCCAACAAUGGCCAGCAAACACCACUCCUCUCAGUCCUCCACCUCAAUGGUCCCACGGCAAGUCAACAGAUCACGUCACUGCAUAUAAAAGCAGCACAGCAACUGCGCAAUCACACCGAGCCGAGCUUGUGCCUGUACGACAUCUUACCGACAAGGGCAAAGGCUCCGACGUCUUCCAUAUCGACUGUUCGCCAACAGCUUCUUAUUUGGCAACGAAGCAUUCCAACAACACAGUUAAGAUAUGGGCGAUUGCGAAGAACACGGUGCAUAGCACCAUCAAGAUCAAAUCGUACGUACCGGCGCAGCCUCGUUCAAGAGAGUACUUUGUCCGGAGCCAUUCAAUCUUAUCCGAAGGUCCCACGUCCCCUUGCUUUAUAGGCAUCACUACGCAUUUUGGGUUGGACCUCGAGAUCUACAACUUCACCAAGGGAGGAUCCGGAAAGAAGGUUCAGGUUCUUGACGAAGCGCACCGUUGGGCUGCCAGCCACAAACUUGACAACAGUUACGCCCCCCUUGUAAUAUACCGGCCCGGGGCUGACCGGAUCGAUCGGUACUUUCUUUCACGCAACCCGGGCGCUAAGAAGCCCUUCUGGGAAGAUGCAAGCAGCUGCAUUGAUCUGACAAAGGCUGAUCUUCCUUUUCUUCCCAAGUAUCCCGAGCUAGCCUUCUCCAACGACUCACCCUUCCUGAUAGCUGCCGCAGGCCCCAGACCUGGCGACCCGCCCAGGGACAUCAACUCAACCAUCCUCCUCGUGGCCUGGCAUCUUACUCCUGUCCAAGAAGCCAAACUUCAGGCCCGUAGUCCCGUUAACAGCAUCCAUUCGCACAUCCAAGAGUCCGGCGACCCGAAGCGGCACAAAGCCUACCGCUUCUGCGCGCCCGCUUACACGCAACUACAAACGGCUCUUCCCUCCGUCCUCGUCUCCCACGGCAGCGUGACCGUCUCCAUCUGGAUCCCCGCCAGCCACGUCAACAUCCCGCUCCCCGGCGGCAAGUUCAGACAAACGCGAGUUCCCACGCCCGAGCGCUUCGUCCUGGUAUGGGACAUGCCUACCAACACCACCAGACUCAUUCCCAUUCCCAACGUGCAGGCGUGUGUGUCGCCAGACUGCCGGCUCGUGGCAUACUGCGAUCCUGAGAUGCAGAGAUUUGUCAUCCUCGACGUGGCGACGGCGGAGGAGGUUUGGAAGUGGCCGGAUGCGGCAAAGGUGAGCGGGUUUGCGAGCUUUGGGCAGUUUGAGGCCAUCAAAAAGAUUACCGUGUUUGAGUUUAGUCCGGAUGGAAAGUGGUUGAUUGUGGGCGAUGCGAGUGGGGCGCUGGGCGUGUAUGAGGUCAGGGAUUUGGGGACGAGGUUUGAGUUGCUGGAUCAGAGUUCGCUAAAGGGAGUCUCGGAGUUUGGAGGGAAAGGGAGGCUUCCAAAAGGGAAUGUUGCGGAGCUGAUGUAGGC